AUGGACAAGUUUGCAGCUUUCGGAAAGAACCUUGGCAACAUCGGUUCAUCCUUCACGCCCUUCGCAGCUCGCACCCAGCAAUAUGUCAAGGAGCAGUUCGGCCAGAUCGAAGACAAGACUGAGCUGCCCCCAGACUAUAUCGAGCUGGAGAAGCGCGUCGAUGCCCUGAAGCUUGUCCACCAGAAGCUGCUGUCCGUCACGUCCCAGUACACCAACGAAGCAUACGACUACCCUCCCAACAUCCGCGAGUCUUUCACCGACCUUUCCAAGAACGUCACCGAGAAGGUUCAGCUCCUGUCGCGCGCCACCAGCACCGCCGAGGCUCAGGCUGCCUUCACUGCUACUCCCCAAGCAAAGCCCCAGCCCAAGACCUUCAACCACGCCAUCGCCCGUGCCUCGUUGGCCGGCAGCCAGCUGUUGCACCAGAGUGACGUUCGUGGUGCUGGUGCCGAUGACUCGCUUGCUCAGGCUCUGGAGAAGUACGCUGUUGCCGAGGAGAGAGUUGGCGAGGCCCGUCUGACUCAAGACGAGCGCAUCCAGCAGCGUUUCCUCGCCGGCUGGAGUGCUACCCUCAACACCAACCUUCAAUUCGCCCAACGCGCCCGCAAGAACGUCGAGAACGCCCGUCUCAACCUCGAUGCCACCAAGGCCCGUGUCAAGGGCAUCAACAACCCCUUCAACAAUAAGACCCAGUCUCAUGGCGAGGAGAACUACACAGAAGCUCAGCGCGCCGAGAUCGAGAAGGCAGAGGACGAGUUCGUCAACCAGACCGAGGAGGCCGUGGGCGUCAUGAAAAAUGUCCUCGACACACCCGAGCCUCUCAAGAACCUGGCCGAGUUGAUUGCCGCCCAGCUAGAGUUCCACAAGAGGGCCUACGAGAUUCUGUCAGAGCUGGCCCCUGAGGUCGACCAGCUGCAGCUCGAUCAGGAGGUAUCAUCAAACCGCUCCGUUCCUCCCUCCAUCCAAGUCACCCAAUUCUGA